AUGACCAAGGAGAGCUGGGCUCUGGAGACUGGGGAAGCAAGCUCCUCCCUUUCCUGUGUGGAUUUGGCAGGCAGGUUUAGAAGCUUAUUGCAUCUAAAACAAAGUCCGUAUGUAAAGGCCAUGCCUUUGAACAUGAGCAUCGCAUAUUGAAGGAAUUUUUUUCCUGUUGUAACCUGAAUGCCUGUGGCAGUCAAGAUGAGUUGGGGCAGCUCCGUGCCUUCUCUACAGCUCCUGCUCAUGUUAACAGGGCUUUCUCUGCUGUCUUUGGUAGAGACAUAUGGGUUCAAUAAGUGCACACAGUAUGAAUUUGAUAUUCACCAUGUCUUCUGCAUUCGGAAGAAGAUCAUCAACUUGACAGAUGCCAUUAGUGACAUACCUAGAUAUACUACUCACCUCAACCUGACACAUAACUACAUUCAAGUCCUUCCUCCCCGGAGCUUCACUAACCUGCCUGCUCUGGUGGACUUGAGACUAGAGUGGAAUUUAAUUUGGAAGAUUGAUGAAGGUGCCUUUAGGGGACUUGAAAAUUUGACCCUUCUGAAUUUAGUGGAAAAUAAGAUUCAAAGUGUGAAUACCUCCUUUGAGGGCUUGUCCAGCUUGGAGACCUUGCUCCUAAGCCACAAUCCGAUUACCCAUAUUCACAAAAAAGCCUUUGCUCCUCUUGUCAAAUUGAAAUAUUUGAACCUAUCUCGAAACAACAUUAGUAAUUUUUCUGUUAUCCUUGAAGCAGUCCAGCAUCUUCGGUGCCUGGAGUACCUUGAUCUUACUAACAACAACAUUGUCUACUUGGACCACAGCCCCAAGUCAUUGGUUUCUCUGAUCCACCUGAGUUUUCAGGGGAACAAACUAAUGGAGUUAAACUUCUCUGCAUUGUCACUGCCUAACCUAGCCACUCUAGAUGCUUCCCAGAAUGGCCAUGGAGUCAUUCAUAAUGUGUAUCUGGAAACUCUGCCCCAACUGAAGAGCUUGAAUCUGAGUGGAACAUUAGUGAAAUUGGAGACGCUUUCAGCCAAACACCUGCAGAAUGUAAGGAUUAUGGACCUCAGUAACCAGGAGCUCAGACAUGGUCACUUAAAUAUGGAAACUGUUUGUCACCUCCUCAGAAACCUACCCAUGUUAGAGGCACUGGUUUUCCAGAAAAAUGCCACCAACACGGAGGGCAUUAAACAUCUGGCGAAGUGUACCAGACUUUUUUUCCUUGACCUGGGCCAAAACAGUGACUUGGUUCAUCUCAAUGACAGUGAGUUUGAUGGUCUGCCAAGUCUCCAAAGGCUGAAUCUGAACAAAUGCCAGCUUUCCUUCAUCAGCAACAGGACUUGGGGGUCCCUGCAGAACUUGACUAUCCUAGAUCUGAGCAACAACAAGUUUAAAAGCUUUCCAGAUUUUGCAUUUUCACCCUUAAAGAGCUUAAAGUCUCUCUUUCUCUCAAGAAACCCCAUCACAGAACUCAAUAACCUGGCCUUCAGUGGGCUAUUUUCACUGAAGGAGCUCAACUUAGCUGGGUGCUGGAUAGUAACAAUCGACAGGUAUUCCUUUGCUCAGUUUCCAAAUUUAGAGCUCUUAGAUCUUGGAUCCAACAACAUCCGGACUCUCAACCGUGGGACCUUCCGAUGUCUGAAAAAACUCAAGGUUUUGAUUCUCUCCCACAACCGCCUGGAAAUUAUGGGACCAAGAGCAUUUUCUGGUCUCACUUGCCUACAACAACUUGACCUGGUGUACAAUAGCUUGUCAUAUUUUCAUGAACACCUUUUCUCAGGCCUGGAAGAGCUGCAGGUUUUGAAACUCAGUUUUAAUAAGAUCAAAUAUGAAACCCCUAAGACACUUAAAUAUCCUCCAUUUAUGAAGCUCAAGUCUUUGAAACAGCUCAGCCUAGAAGGACAACAAAAUGGGCUACAGGUUGUUCCAAGCAACUUUUUCCAAGGAUUGAGUAGCUUGCAGGAAUUACUCCUAGGAAAAAAUCCCUCUGUAUUCCUGGACCACCACCAAUUUGACCCUCUGAUUAAUCUCACAAAGUUGGAUAUCUCAGGAACAAAAGGUGGAGACAGAAGUCUCUAUUUAAAUGCUUCCUUAUUCAAAAAACUCAAAAGGCUAAAGGUUCUGCGCCUUGAAAAUAACAACUUAGAUUCCUUGGUUCCCGGCAUGUUCUCCAGCUUACAGAGCCUACAGGUCUUAUCUUUAAGAUUCAACAGCUUGAAGGUCAUCAAUCAAAGUCAUCUGGAGAAUCUGAAAUCGCUGAUGUUUUUUGAUGUCUAUGGGAACAAACUUCAGUGCAACUGUGACAAUAUGUGGUUCAAGAACUGGUCAAUGAACACAGGGGAGGUCCACAUCCCCUUCCUUCGAAGCUACCCCUGUCAGCAGCCAGACAGCCAGAGUUUGCUUAUAGAUUUUGAUGAUGCCAUGUGCAGUUUUGACUUGGGAAAAGUCUACUUCUUAUUGUCCUUCAGUACAGUCCUCACCACCAUGGUCUUCUCUUGGUUCAGUGCCAAGAUGAUUUCGUCUCUGUGGUAUGGUUUGUACAUAUGUAGGGCUUGGUACUUCACUAAAUGGCAUAAAACAGAGAAGAAGUUCUUGUAUGAUGCAUUUGUCUCGUUUUCAGCUGCUGAUGAGAAGUGGGUAUAUAAAAAGCUUGUUCCUGCCCUAGAAGAAGGCAGCCAGACCACCUUUAAGCUCUGUCUUCACCAACGGGACUUUGAGCCCGGCAUUGACAUCUUCGAGAACAUCCAGAAUGCAAUCAACACAAGUCGGAAAACUUUGUGUGUGGUCAGUAACCAGUACCUGCACAGUGAAUGGUGCCAGCUGGAAGUCCAGUUGGCCAGCAUGAAGAUGUUCUAUGAGCACAAGGAUGUCAUUAUCUUGAUCUUCCUUGAAGAGAUCCCUAACUAUAAGCUGUCCACCUACCACCGACUCAGGAAACUCAUAAACAGACAGACGUUUAUCACCUGGCCAGAGAGUGCUCACCAGCAGCCACUCUUCUGGGCUCGCAUUAGAAAUGCGUUGGGCAAUGAGACUGUGGCGAAAGAAGAUGCACAUCUAACUGUUGUUGAGUGACUGAAAGCCUUACAACCCCAAAUCCGGCUGCGUAAUGUUGCCCAAAAUACAUGUAACCGCAGUCUGACUAA